AUGCAAUACGAUGUUUUCGAUCGCGUUUCCUUCCGCGGAGCUCUACAAAGUGAUGUUCGUGGAGCUUUCGCGACCGAUGCUCGUGUCCGUGUGCCGCCAUCCCGGGGGCAGGGGGGACCGUCCGGCUCCGCGGCCGCCGCGGGUGCCUCGCACCACCCUGAGGAGCCGCGGCCGGAGGUUCCGCGCAUCCCCUUUGGGUUUGGCCGCGGGACGCUGAGAGCCGCGCUGGAUCGGAGUUGCCGCACACGCCCGCCCCUCCCGCACCGCCAUGAGCCGCGGGCCGACCGCCCCGCGGAGCCCCCGGACAGCAGCCCAGGGAUUGCUGACUUGUUUCAUUUCGCGGUGAAAAGGAUUAAGCUGCGCUUGGUAACAAGGGGAUUUGUAAGGGAAAACGGCCAAAGUGCGAGGAAGGGAACUGUGUGUCACCAGCUCCGGCUCCGUGCAAGGAGAAACCGCGGGGGCUCCCAGGGCAGAGCACCCCGGAUAACCCGGUGUGUCCCCAAAUGCCGCGGUGCCAGCAGACAGUGCUCUUCAGCUGCUCAAGCAUCUGAUGCCAGCUCUGAGAAACUGUUCAACGCCGUCACAAAUAAAGAUAAAGAUUUGGGAGUGGGCGCUCUCGCUGACAAUGACGACCCUGGUGCUAGGGGCCCGGCCGUGCCCAAAAUAUCAGGACUAGAAAGGAGCCAAGAGAAGAGCCAGGACAGCAGCAAAGAGCCAAUCCUCGAGCCCGUGGUGCCUAAAGAGCCCUGUCCCCGGGUGACGCCGCCAUCGCCGGAGCCGCCUGAGGGCCGCUGCCCCAGCCCCUCGCUCGCCCCGCGCCCGGAGCCCCCGGCCCCUCCGCCCGGCCCGGCCGUGCCGCUGCCCCCGGCCCCCGAGGAGCCCGGCCGCCCUGCCGCCGGCCAGCCCUGUGCCCAGCCCUGCGCCCAGCCCUCCGGCCAGCCCUGUGCCCAGCCCUCCGGCCAGCCCCCGGCCGGUCAGCCCCCGGCCCGGCCGCCGUCACCGCUGCCCCCGGCGCACCCGGCGCUGCCCGCGGUGCAGCCGCACCCGCAGAGCCUCUCACAGCCGCUCUCCGCCUACAACAGCAGCAGCUUGAGCCUCAACAGCCUCAGCAGCAGCAGGAGCAGCACCCCCGCCAAGCCCGCGGCGCCCGCCCCGCACAUCUCGCACCACGCGUCGGCCUCGCCRUUCCCGCUGUCCCUGGCCAGCCCCGGCGCCCUGCACAGCUUCCCACCCGCCCUGCAGCCCCCCGCGCACCCACACCACCCCAAUAUGUUCGCCCCGCCCGCGGCGCUGCCCCCGCCACCGCCGCUGACCUCGGGUACGCUGCAGGUGCCGGGACACCCGGCCGGGAGCACCUACUCAGAGCAAGACCUCCUGCGGCAGGAGCUGAACACGCGGUUCCUGGCGUCGCAGAGCGCCGACCGCGGCGCCUCGCUGGGCCCGCCGCCCUACCUGCGCACCGAGUUCCACCAGCACCAGCACCAGCACCAGCACACCCACCAGCACACCCACCAGCACACCUUCACGCCCUUCCCCCACGCCAUCCCUCCCACCGCCAUCAUGCCGACGCCAGCACCGCCCAUGUUUGACAAAUAUCCUACAAAAGUUGACCCCUUCUACCGUCACAGUCUGUUUCACUCCUAUCCUCCAGCUGUAUCAGGUAUUCCUCCCAUGAUCCCUCCCACCGGCCCCUUUGGCUCGCUGCAGGGAGCUUUCCAACCCAAGACUUCCAACCCCAUUGAUGUUGCAGCCAGACCUGGAACGGUCCCACACACCCUUCUACAGAAAGAUCCACGGUUGACAGAUCCGUUCAGRCCCAUGCUGAGGAAACCUGGCAAGUGGUGCGCAAUGCACGUUCACAUCGCCUGGCAGAUCUACCACCACCAACAGAAGGUCAAGAAACAGAUGCAGUCUGAUCCGCACAAGCUGGACUUUGGCCUGAAACCAGAAUUUCUGAGCAGGCCACCAGGCCCCAGCCUUUUUGGAGCCAUCCACCACCCCCAUGACCUGGCUCGGCCCUCAACUCUCUUCUCCACAGCCAGUGGGGGGCAUCCAGCCGGGACCCCCUUUGGCCCACCACCUCACCACAGCAACUUCCUCAACCCAGCUGCUCACUUAGAGCCCUUCAACCGGCCGGCGUCGUUCAGCGGCCUCACCGCCGUGGGCAGCAACGCCUUCGGGGGGCUCGGGAACCCCACAGUCACACCCAACUCAAUGUUCGGCCACAAGGAUGGCCCCAGUAUGCAGAGCUUUAGCAACCCUCACGAGCCCUGGAACCGACUGCACCGAACUCCUCCUUCGUUCCCGACCCCUCCGCCCUGGCUGAAGCCAGGAGAGCUGGAGCGCAGUUCAUCUGCUGCAGCUCAUGACAGAGAUAGAGAUGUAGAUAAACGAGACUCAUCUGUUAGUAAAGAUGACAAAGAAAGGGAGAGCAUUGAGAAAAGACACUCCAGCCAUCCUUCGCCAGCACCUAUCCAUCCAGUAAACUCCCUCGGACAUAACCGCAGCUCGAGCGAGCAGAUCCGGAGCCAUCUGAAUCCCGAGGUUCGAGACAAAGAGAAACCCAAAGAACGAGAGAGGGAUCACUCCGAAUCUCGGAAGGAAAUUAAUGUUGAAGAGCACAAGGUGAAGGACAACUACAUUUCGGAGAAAGAAGGCCUGAGCCAUGAAAGCCGAGUGGUGGAAGAGUCUAAGCAAAUGCCCAGGGUUCCUUCCCCCUAUGCCAGGCCCCCCGUUGUGGAGAGCACCAGGCCCAACAGCACUUCCAACCGCGAGGCCGAGAGGAAGAGUGAGCCGGCGUACGAUAACCCGAAGAAAAGCAACGAAGUCAAGGUGAAGGAAGAGCGAAAGGAAGACCAUGAUGUUCAACCUGAGGGACCUCAGACUCAUAGGUCAUCUGAUCAGCCACCACCUAUAUCCACAUCCAACGUCCAUCCAAGUCCUUUAGUGUCUAUGCCCAUGACUGUAGGUGUGACUGGUAUACAUCACAUGAACAGCAUCAGUGGCCUGGACAGGACUCGCAUGAUGACCCCUUUUAUGGGAAUUAGCCCAAUCCCUGGUGGAGAACGUUUCCCCUAUCCUUCUUUCCACUGGGAUCCAAUGAGAGAUCCCUUGAGAGAUCCCUACAGAGAGCUGGAUAUUCAUCGGAGAGACCCCCUGGGCAGAGACUUUUUGCUAAGAAACGACCCUCUCCAUCGCCUUUCUACGCCAAGGUUGUAUGAAGCUGAUAGGUCCUUCAGGGAUCGGGAACCUCACGACUACAACCACCACCACCACCACCACCACCCUCUGUCCGUGGACCCGCGGCGGGAGCACGAGAGGGGCACCCACCUGGACGAGCGGGAGCGGCUGCACAUGCUCCGCGAGGACUACGAGCACGCCCGCCUGCACUCAGUGCACCCCGCCGCCCUGGACGGCCACCUGCCCCACCCCAGCCUCCUCACGCCGGGACUGCCCAGCAUGCACUACCCCAGAGUCAGUCCCCCCACGGGACACCAGAACGGCCUCCUCAAUAAAACUCCCCCCACAGCAGCUCUCAGUGCCCCUCCACCUCUGAUCUCCACCCUGGGCCCUCGGCCCGGSUCUCCCCGAAGGACUACUCCUCUGUCCACAGAGAUGAGAGAGAGGCCUCCCUCUCACACCCUCAAGGACAUUGAAGCUCGAUAAGCAGAGUGAGACUCAAUGAAAACCAGAGCGAGAGGGACAAAAACCUUGUAAAUGAACAUAAUAUAAAGACCUUCUUACUAGUCAUUGAUACAGACUGGGGAUGUGACCCACUGUACAAUAUGUAUAGACCUGAGUGCAAAGAUUUUGAAAUGAUUUUUUUUGUAUAUUAUAUGUUGAAAUUUUCCAGAUCUUUUAGCCAAGUCCAUAUGUUCCUCGUGUCUCCUACUCUAUUUUAUUUCUAGUUUAAAAAUUUCAAAAUUUGAACUGAAGAACAAGACAUCAAUCUGAGUGAUUUGACUAGAAACAAGCCACCACCAAUGUCAACCCUACAAAGCUCUUACAAACCAGAAGUGAAGUCAAUUGUAGAUAUUUAUGUAAAAAGAUUGCUUCAUGGAUUAAUGGUUCAUAUAUGCAAAAAGGGUAAGAUGAAAGCUUUACUUUGUACAAAUGUAAAUAGAUAAAAUUAAGUAACAUAAUACAUUAAUACUUCUUAAACUGUGCUAUUUGCAAACUUAAUAUUGAUCAACACAGACUGCUUAUGCUGUGUUACUUAUAUUGUUAUAGACAGCUAAACCCCUUCAACUAUGCAAUGAAUUUUAAGGCUUUUCACAAAAGCCUUUAUAACUCAAAGGAGCCUUUUCAACACACAACAUAAUUAAAGUCAUAUUUUCCCUGAACAAGCUCAUUUAUAAUAUAAACCUAUUCCUCUUGUUUGAUGAAGAAACAGCCCUUCAGAGGUGUAGUUCUGUCUGUGAAGCCCUGUAUCAGGCUGCUGAGGUCACUGUGUGUCCCUUGGAUGCUGUCAGGGUUAGUGCUCUGUGAUCACUGAUAUGGAGUUGUGGCAGAUGGGGUUUCAGUCAUAUUUAUCUGGGUUAAACGGUAAUAAUCAAAUGCUGGAUAUUUUCCAGAACUUUUGUCACCUAACAUGUCAAGUUUAUUUGGGGAAGAACAUCUGCUUAUAGCCAUUCAUGUCUGGUUUGAUUGCCUGUGUGUCAYUUUUAUCUGUACACACUUUUUUUUGUGUUAAGUGAUUUUUAGCUGCAUUGAAACAAAUCCUACAAGAAAGCAAAUACUUUUCUAAAUGAUGGAUAUGUUUUCACUGUGGAWCAGUAGUUUAAUUAAUGAACUCCAUUGCAGAUUUCAUAAUGGAAUUUAUUGUAUUUCAGUUGGUAAUAAAGUCUGUGAAUAGUUAACAGGUCAGCCUUGUUGUUCCCUAACCACAGAAGACAUGAAAUGACAUGAAGAACAUGGUCCUUUUUAAAAAUAUGCAUCAAUCUUCUGAAAUCUGUCUUUUCAUAACACACUUUUUUAUAAUGCGUUAAGUUUCUUGUCUAAAUAUUUGGAGAGAAUAUGACUUUAUCAGAGAGAAUUCAAUAUCUUGUCUACUGGACUGUAAAAUAUAUGUAUGAAAUAAAACUAGUUCCAUUGGUC